GCUUGCCAUCCCUGGUUGUUGUCAUUCGAACUCCACGUUGUUUUGCAUUUUCACUUAUUUUAAUUGUUUUUUAUAUUAUUAAAACCAAGCCAAAUGGGUCGCAAGUUCCAGAAUAAGAAAAAGAAGGCGGCACCACAGCUGGAGAUUGUGCCACUGGAUGAAAAUCCACCACUGCCGCCACAGCGAUCCUCAGACGAUGUGGUGCCCAAAAAGGAAAAGUGGGUGAACAAACAGCGCGUGCUGGUCUUUUCCGCCCGUGGUAUCAGCCACCGGGACCGGCAUCUAAUGAAGGACAUCAAGACCCUGAUGCCACACCACCGCACCGAGUCCAAAAUGGAGCGCUCCAAAACAUUAUCGGUGGUCAACGAAAUGUGCGAGAUGAAACACUGCAACAAGGCCCUGCUCUUCGAGGGUCGCCGCAAAAAGGAUCUGUACAUGUGGGUGUCCAAUACCGCGGGCUCCACUGGCCCAUCGGCCAAGUUCCUCAUCGAGAACAUCCACACAAUGGCCGAACUGAAGAUGACGGGCAAUUGCUUGCGAGGAUCGCGUCCCCUACUCUCCUUCGACUCCAAAUUCGACGAGUUGCCGCACCUUAAGCUGCUCAAGGAGAUGUUCGUGCAGACCUUUUCGGUGCCCAAUCAUCAUCCCAAGAGCCAGCCCUUCGUGGACCAUGUGUUCACCUUCACUUACCUGGACAACCGCAUUUGGUUCAGGAAUUUCCAGAUUCUCUCUGAAGACGGUGGCCUGUCCGAGGUGGGACCGCGUUAUGUGAUGAAUCCUGUGAAAAUAUUCGAUGGAUCCUUCACGGGAAAAACCAUUUGGGAGAAUCCCGACUACGUGAGUCCGGCUAAACAGCGACAGAUGCUCAAGAAGGCUGCUAAGGACAAGUACGUGAACCGAGUGGAGCAGAAGGUCAAGCACGAGGCCACUCGGCCGGUCAGAGCCUACGAUGGCGUUGAUAAUGACGAGCUCUUCGAGGACGAUGAUCCCGUAGAGACGGCCAAGAUUCUGGCCGCGAUAGCCAAGAAGAAGAAGGAGGAAGCUGCCAAGCAAACACCGAAAUCGGCGCUGACCAAGAAGAUCAAGGAAAAGCAAUUGAAGGCCGUCAAAGAAGUUAUCGAAAGAAAGAAGGCAAGAACCACUAAACGUGUGAAAAAGGUUUAAACACCUAAUUUUACAUUUAGAUACAAAACGAUUAAACUUUAUGAAUACGUUUACAAACUGUGCAUCCUAAGUUUGAAUAUAUCAAUAGACAAGAUUACCAGUAAUUAUUA